AUGCUAUCUGAGCUCACCCAUCAGAAAUUAGAAAGAAAAAGAAAAGGAAAAGAUCGAAAAAAAGGAGCUAAAAAUCAAGUGCCUCGCGGAGUUUUUCCGAUCAUGGCAGUGAUGGAUAAUGCUGGAGCAAACGCGGUGCAGCCGUCAAAAACUGACACUCAGCCAAACGGCGUCGCCGCCGCGGAUCACGACCAGAAGCAGCCGACAAAAGCCGCCUACGACACCCAAAAGUCAAUCGAGCCCGCCGCCGGUCAGGAUUUCCCGGUGGCGCAGCAGAAAAUCUCCAACGGCCGUCAUGGCCAGAUCGACGGCAGCGGAGUCGCGGCGGAGGGAAAAACGAACGGCGAGGAAGGGUUGAAGAGGGAGAUGAGGGAUUUGGAGGAGAUGCUCUCGAAGCUAAACCCCAUGGCCAAAGAGUUCGUGCCGCCAUCCCUUUCCUUCCUUGACGGCGGGCAGCCGAGGUUUCUGGUGGCUCCACCGCACGUCGUGGCCGCAGCGGCGGCGGGGCAUUUUGGGUUCACACCGACUGGUUUUCUUUUGCAGCAGCCCAUGAGCCCUGGAGCUCAAAACGGAAAUUCCUUUAGAAAGACGAAAAAUGGCUAUACUCACGGAAAACGGAGGUUGAAUAAUACUCGAACGAGCAAGGCUCAGAGGGAGGACGUGAUCAGGAGGACUGUCUAUGUGUCUGACAUUGAUCAUCAGGUUACCGAAGAGCAACUCGCAGCCCUUUUCAUUAACUGUGGACAGGUUGUUGACUGCCGAGUUUGUGGUGAUCCCAAUUCUGUGCUUCGUUUUGCCUUCAUUGAAUUCACUAAUGAGGAAGGGGCAAGGAAUGCUUUAAGCAUGAGUGGCACCGUGCUUGGAUACUAUCCAGUGAGAGUGCUGCCUUCCAAAACUGCAAUUGCUCCUGUUAACCCGACUUUCUUGCCAAGAUCUGAGGAUGAAAGGGAGAUGUGUGCAAGAACUAUUUAUUGCACAAACAUCGACAGAAAGGUCACUCUAGCGGAUGUUAAGAUCUUUUUCGAGUCUCUUUGCGGAGAGGUUCAUCGCUUGAGGUUGCUUGGCGAUUAUCAUCACUCAACGCGUAUAGCUUUUGUAGAGUUUGUAAUGGCUGAGAGUGCAAUAGCUGCUCUCAACUGCAGUGGUGCAGUCUUGGGAAGCUACGUUCAGUGGCUGGGGUCGUCCGACACCGACGCUUUGCGUUGA